GCGGCCUCGAGCUUCGACUCGCGUGGACGCCGCCGGAGUUUCCCGAACGGAGCGGUGCUUCCUGUGGUUGUUUUUGUUGCCGCCGAAGCAGUCGGCGCCGCUCGCCGGCCGCCGCUGUGUUGUGUGUGUGUGAGUUUUCGCGGUGCGUGCGCCGCCCCGCCGUCUCGUGCGGCCGACGUGCUUGGCGCGACUCUCGCCCGGUGGUGGCCCGGUCGUCAACGUCCGUCGCGUGAGACUCGCCGGGACCAGGGGGGCAGUAGUAACGUUGCCAACUUUUUGAUUCUCCUCCUCUCUCUCGGGGCGAGCAUCGGCGGCGCACGGUUCACAACUUCCGCCUCCUUCGAUUAUUUUGCUCCUCCUGCUGAAGUUCGCUGUCCGGUCUGUUGUCGUCGGUGUUUACUUUCUGCCCCUCCUGGUUUUGUUCGGCGACAGUUCUACUCCCGCUUCGUCGUCGUGUCGCUCUCUUGCUGAUGAUUCUUCGCUCGCGGAGACUGUCUACGUUCGCCGAUACGAAGUUCUUGCCGCGACUGCCAGACGCUGGCGUUGUGAUCGUUUUACUGGCCGCUCGGUUUCCCAUGGUGACCUAACUGUGCACCGAAGGAACCAUUUGACAUCGUUGUGAGCGUACAGCAUUGGCGAGAGCUUUCCAAUGGUGCGCGCUGGUCACGACGGCACUGUCUCGCUUCCUGCCAUGAUUGAUUCCUUGUUUCCUUUCUGGGACACAUAGGUUGAACGUAAGUUCCGCGUUAGCAGGUUUCGGCUAGAAUUCGGCGUUUCGCACUGUUCUGUGGCCGCGUUGGUAAAGUGCUUCGCGUGGGAACUUUUUUGAGACAUAAUCAUUGUUCUGAAUUGAAAGACUGCCUUUGUGGCCUUUAGGUUCGUGUCACAAUUGUUUGUUGUUGGUUGAACCUUACAUUCAAACUGUCCUGUACAAAGCAAGGUGCCUGUUCUGAGUAUAUUGCCCAUUACUUAGUUAUCUUCUUGCAUAUUCCAAUCUGCUGCUUUUAACUGACAGCGUUGUUUCUAGUAGAGCGAUAGUUGUUUCUUGACGUGCCUCGUCUUUCUCCCGGUGAUUCGUCUCAUCAGCUGACAGAACAAGUGACGGAUUCCUUGAGAAACGGUGUUGCUGAAAGCGGAAGGCUCACCAUAGCGUAACGAGUCUGUUAUUCUGUGUACUUUGUCUUAAGACGAUUGCGCGAGAAACUGCGUUUUAUUUCGCGGUAAUACCGGUUCUGCUUCCAUCUGGUGCACUUCACGUUCUCGUACAGUGCAGGACUUGGGUCUUGAGCGCGUUACCUUCUUUUCUUUUUUCAGUGCGGCACCUUCGUGAAAAACUUCGCAAAAGGUUGCCCGGCAAAUGGACAGACAGCGUUUUACCGCAAGUACAUAACUGUGACUUCGAGUCUUCCUCGUUGCAUUUGUCAUUAUCUGAUCGAAACCCAACUUGGCUCCGGUUACCGGCCUACGAACAACGACCAUCGUUUACGUAGACCGCCUUCCUAACAGACUGUUCGCGCAAUUACACUAUUCACCAGGCAAGUUUCGGACUCGGGUCUCCACGAAGUGGGCGGAGUAUGGGACACUUGGUCUGAGAAGGGAAACCCACCUUCCUUCUAACGUCAAUCAGAUUCAGUGUACUUUGCCACCUAUUACUGAAAAGGUUCUGGGCUUCGAAUCAGUGCCACAAGCUUCUGAGUGAACAAAAGUCGAGCGGCUGCUCAACGAGACGUUGCAUCUUAGUGACCGAGCUGCGUUUAAAAAGUUUCCCUUUAUCUCUUUGAAACAGCGGGCGCAUCCCUCGCGAGAACAGACCAUCCUCGGUGUGUGAGUGCGUGCGCGUGUCGAGUUCAGAGGAAGAGAACAACACCAGGUGCUCGUUUGGCCGCCUUUCUCCACCUGCCUGCUGCGACUGCGUUAAUCGAAGAACACUAGCACCCUAGCCUGUCUACGUGUCGGCGCGUCAGCACACGAGCAAAAGAAAGAAAGAAGCCCGGGUGCGUUGUCGUGAGGCGGCGUGGUGAGCGCCCGAGUGACAUGAGCGGUGGUCGCGGAGCGUGCCGUAGGCGGGCGACGACAUCGGAACUCGAGGGUCAUUCGCCGCGCGGUCCCGUCUCCGCCGCUGCCGCCGCCGUCGUCCGGCUGCCGUCGUCGUCGUGGUGGUGCCGUCCGAGCGCGCCCUGUCGCGGGCCGACGCCACGUGGCGCUCCUCCCGCGGGGGCCGCCCUUCGCUCCAGGCUGCUCGCGGGAACCCGCUGAGGGAACGGCCCCCCGCCCGGUCUCUCGUCUCCCUCGUCGCCGAGCUGCGCGGGAACGACUCGACCACGCGUGCGAUGUCACAUGCGGAUGAGAGCCGGCCCGCGCUUCCCGAGAGCCUGGAGACCAUCCCAAAGGCGGAUUAUCUCCCGACGCAGCGACAUCGCUGGAAUACAAAUGAGGAAAUCGCCGCUAUCCUUAUCAGCUUCGACAGGCAUGAGGAGUGGUUAUCCCGGGAGGUGAAGAUACGGCCCAAGAGCGGGUCGAUGCUGCUGUACAGCCGCAAGCGGGUCAGGUACCGGCGUGAUGGCUACUGCUGGAAGAAGCGCAAGGACGGCAAGACCACCCGGGAGGACCACAUGAAGCUCAAGGUCCAGGGAACGGAGUGCAUCUACGGGUGCUAUGUUCACUCUGCGAUUCUGCCAACCUUUCACCGCCGCUGCUACUGGCUCCUUCAGAACCCAGACAUCGUGCUGGUACACUACUUGAACGUGCCGUACAGCGACGACAACAAGAUGGUGAUCGCGCCCACGCUGAGCUACUGCGCGGAUAAGAAGGAGUGGACCAAAGACGAGCUCGUCUCGCAACUCAAGCCCAUGUUUUACAGCGAGAACGAGCCGGACCUCAACAAUGAGCUAGAAGUGUCGACGGCCGAGACGGUGGAGGCCAUCGUGCAGCAGCUCAUGGAGAAGCAGCGGGCCAAAGGCAGCGCUGGCAGCGGCGGAAGCGCCGGCGGCGGCGGAAGCGGCGCACGCACGCACGAAUGCCCCUGCGACUCGACGACCAAGACGUCGCUGUCGCCCGCCUCCACGCCCACGCCGCCGCCGGCGCCCUCUUCCGCGCCGCAGGCCUUCUCGGCCGCCUCGUCGUCGACGCCCUCGCCGGUAGCCGCCGUCGCCGCCGGCACGACGGCAACCGCCGACGGCGGCGGCGGCGCCGGCAGUGCGUCCAAGAAGUGCGGCCACAGCCUGCACCGCAUCAUCUCUCCCAAGACGCGCUGCGCCGCGGCCACGUCGUCGACGCCCACGCCCGUGCCGCAGCCGCCACAUUCGUCUUCGUCGGUGGUGACGGCCGCCGGCGGCCCCCUGGUGACGUUGGGCCACAAGGAGGGCCGCGCCGCCGCCGCGGCAGCCGCUGCAUCCGGCGGCGCCGCGAGCGGCGGCAGCGUCAUCCUUGCGGCGCCCGUGCGGGAGGCCGGCGCCGCGGGAGCGCCCACCGCAGCCGCCACCACCACCUCGUUCAUCCUCAACCUGUCGCAGCUGCAGGGAGGCGGCGGCUUGCUCAUUCUAAACAGUGCGGCCGCGGCCACGGGCCUGGCGUCCGCCUCCGUGACGCCCGUGACGCUCCUGUGCGGCGCCGGAGGCACUGCGGCGGCUGCCGCUGCGGCCGCAGCCGCCGCCGCGGCGUCCUCCUCGACGGAAGGCACGACGGUCAGCAGCGGCAGCGCCGUCUGCAAGGAUCCGCCGCCCAUCGCGGAGGCGCCCUCGUCCACCGGCGGAGCGGCGUCCAGCGCAUCGGCGGCGGCCUCGUCGACAACCCCAUGUUCGGUCUCUUCUUCGAGCAGCAGCAGCUCCGAAGCGACGGCUGCGAUCACCACGACGCGAACCGAAGUGAAGGUGGAAGAGCAGCAGCCCACGUGCCGCGUUCUCUGCGGCGGUGAAGAAAUGGAGUUCGGCGGCGACAGGGACCCGGAGCUGUGCAGCAGCAGCCUCAUGGGCGAGGACUCGAAAGAGCCCGCGGCGUCGGCCACCGAGGGCCGCGGGCUGUUCGACGACUCCCUCGACCUGAGCCACGACGGCAUCCAGAAGACGUUGACCGCCAACCUGGCCGCCUCAUCGCACAACAGGAGGCCCUCGUCGGACUCGUCGUCGGGCGGUGGGGUGCUCGUGAAGAGUGAGAACGGGCCUACCGACUCGGACACAGUCGACCUGAAUCCUAUGGACUUCAUCGACAACGACAUCUCCACCCCCGACGAAGAGGUGUUCAACCUGGAUACCUUCGACAUGCUGACUGACCUGCCGAACUGGGACGACUUUAACUCUGACUUGGCAGCAACCACAACGACCACUUCGUCGUCUGGUGGUACCGGAAGCACUUUAUCGUCUUCCUCUUCCGUAUUGGCCAGUGGCGGAACCGGGACCCUCUCGCUCGCAAACAAGACGCCCAGCACACAGUCGUCGCACUCAGGCAUGACGUACCGCGAAGGCACUGCCAACAUCACUGACUACUCGCCUGACUGGUCCUACACAGAAGGUGGUGUAAAGGUCCUGAUCACAGGGCCGUGGUACUCGUCAUCUUCACCGUAUAUGAUUCUUUUUGAUGGAGUCAGUGUACCAACAACGCUAGUUCAAAGCGGCGUGCUGCGAUGCUUCUGUCCAGCUCAUGAAGCCGGAUUAGUAACACUCCAGGUAGCCUGUGAAGGCUUUGUCAUAUCCAAUUCAGUCAUCUUUGAGUACCGUGAGCAGCCUCUCGUCAGCACUCAAAAGGCCAAAGAUUGGUUUGGUGUAGACGAGGGCACUCUCAAAUUCUCAUUGCUGGAGCGGCUGGAAAUGGUCGAAGCCAGGCUCUCCUUGGGAAACAAAGGUGGCACCCUCUUCCCUGGCGUUUUGGCUCAGGGCUUCGCGGACCGGCAGCGUCCGUUUGAGGAGCGGCUCGUGUCGCUGUGCCAGGAGUUGCGCUGGGGCGCGUGGCUGCCGCGCGGCGGCGGCGAUUCGUCGCCCGUGCGCGCCCUGACCCGGCCCGACCUCAGCCUGCUGCACCUGGCCGCGGCGCUGGGCUUCUCGCGGCUGGCGCGUUGCCUGUUGCGCUGGCGCCUCCAGAGCCCGUCGCCCACGCUCGACGCCGAGGUGGACGCGCUCGCCAGGGACGCCGCCCAGUGCACGCCGCUGCACUGGGCAUGUGCUCGAGGUCAACGAGAGGUGGCCUUGCUGUUGCUUCAGUGGAAUGUCUCAGCUGCCGCUGCCUGCAAUGCGGAUGGCCAAACAGCCACCGCACUUGCUCGUGACAGUGGGCAUGCCAGCCUUGCUGAAGAGCUGGAGCAAGCAGCCACCAAACAGCAGCAUUCACAGGAUUCCACCAGCAGUACACACUGCCAGUUGCUACAGCAGCAGCACGUGCGGAGCUCAAAAAGCUCUUCAACAUCUACGCACAGUCGGCUGACCAAGCGAGCAUCAGCCGACGGCAACAUGAGUGGCAGCUCGUCUGCUGAAGCUGAAUCCUCCAAGCGCUCCUCCAUAGACAGUGGCAUGUGUGAAGGCUCCUCGUCUCUCCCUUCGUCAAUGCUGCUCUCCUCAAGGCUCGUCUCUAAGCUGGAUCUGGGCAGUGUUGUUCUCGAACCAGAUGCACAGGGAAGCAGUGAAAGUCCAUUUAUCGAUGUUGUCGGAGUCUCGGAUGAGGAAUUAGAAAUGCAGAAUCCUGUGCGAUCUUCAGGGACAAGUCCGUUGGGCAGGAGGCGAGAGAGCCACGGCAAUACGGGCUGCGACCUGGGCACUUCGUCUUCGGCCGCAGCUGACGCCACAGCUCAUGUUCCAGGAGACAGCCGCGUUCUCACGCUCGCCGAGCAGAUAAUUGCAGCGCUGCCAGAGCGCAUCAAGGCAGCGCCACGUGCACUCGACGAUGAUGAGGACGACUCGAUGGAGGCUGAGGGCCUGUUCCUGCUGCUGUCGUCACCUGACAUGGCUGGUGGACCCCACAGCCCUGGCCUGGCGGCUACCAUGUGCCCUGUCGAUGAUCCGCCACCACCACUUCUCAGCGACGACUUCAAUUUUGAGUUUAGCGACUACAACUACAGGUACUGUGAAGCAGGAACUCCGUCAUCAUCCCUGAGCCCAGCGUCAUCAUCAUGUCUGCAGAGUCCCGGAAGUUUCACCUUAGAAUCCCCCUCGCCUCCACCAACCACUGCUGAUUUCUGCGAGUUCUUCAAAGCGUCUGGGAAGAUCAUGGAGAGGGAUUUCUCCAAUCUUACCCUUUCAGACAAGGAGCAACGGGAAUUGUACGAGGCAGCCAAGAUCAUCCAGAAGGCGUAUCGCUCCUACAAGGGUCGCAAGCGCCAGGAAGAGCAAGAGAAAGAGAGGGCUGCUGCUGUGCUCAUUCAGAGCUAUUACCGGAGGUACAAGCAGUACAUGUACUACAAGCAGAUGACCAAGGCAGCCGUUGAGAGCUUCCACGGUUGGUGUGAGCAGCACAAGAGGUUCAAGAAGAGCCCCGACGGGGAGGCAGCCACAGGCAGCCCUGGACAAGGCUUUUUCCACAGGGGUUACUCGGACGACAGGCGGCCAUCGUCCCUCUCCAGCCGGGAGGGAACUCCCACCGCCUCGGCUUUCAGGCGAACAUAUUCCCAGCGGCGUCAGCACCAGGCCGCUAGGAAGAUUCAGCAGUUCAUGAGACAGUCGAAAAACAACAGCAUGUGGGAGUUUUUACAUGGGAAAGUGAUUGCAGAGAGAGCGUGCCUUAGCUGCCGAAAGAGAGAGGCCAGCAGUGGUCGUUCCAGCGCCGCCACGGCUGCCCACAAAAUCCCAGGAACUGCCUUCUAGCUUCAAGGAGGCUUGAAAGCAGUGUGAGCUCAAGCGACAAGUGCAUGAGGGAGAAGGAAACGUCUGGAGGAGAGACGAUGGUGGAAAGCUGCAGCAGCUUUGCUGAUGCGAGAAUUUUGGUUUCCACGCAGCGCUUGGAAUCCACAGCUUCAAUUACUUUCUGCAUACAUAUGUAUAACGCAGUCCCUGCCAUUUGGGUUAUUUUGAACAUGUACUUUUAUGUCCUUCACUUUUGCUGUUGCGAGAAAAUGCGUUUGUACAAGGUUGUUACUUUUCUUGCCCAGAAUUGUGCACUCAGUACAGAGCGCACUUUUAAUUUGCGUUAUUUACAUGGCAUCGCUUGUUGAGGUUGUUAAUCCAGCACAUUACUUGGCAGUGUGACCUCAGAAUAGAGGGAUCCUUUUUGUGAACUUGGAAAUUAAUUUCGUGUACCAAAAACUUUUUUGGCAUCUUUUUCUUCUUUUGCGCUUUCUUUUUACACUUCUUCUUUUCUCUCUCUUUUCUUUUUUUUCAACAUAUAAAUUCUCAUGAACCUUGUUUUACACAUUACUUCCCAUGCUUAUAGCCUUCUUUUCUUCUGUGUUCAUGACAUAAACAUACACACAAAAAAAUACGCAGUAUGGUACAAAUGUUUGUAAAACCAUAAAAGCCUCCUUCCUCCAUUAGACACAAAUCUUUUUCUCUGCUGCACCUUUCAUCUUCACCACAAGACACGCACACAAACACAGUCUAAAAAAAUUAAAAUGAAGAGAGAGAGAGGUAUGGAGAGCAUUGUUUGUAAUGACUGUUCGCGUUUUCAUCAGUAAUUUAUCUUCAGUGUGACUUUUUAAAUGUUGUCUGUAAAAAAAAACACAAAAGCUCAGUGUUGCCUUUCGACACAGGUUCUUAUUUUUAUGUUUUCUGCGAAACUGUCAAUCACUCCAUAUUUUGCACUUACCAGUAUAUGAUAACUGCUGUGUAAACAUAGGACAGGACGCGAGUUCUGCAGUGGAUGUCUCUCAGUUUCUUUGUUGUUGCUGUGUCAUCUCACUGAUAUAUAUUUAUAUAUACGCAUAUUCCUGUUGCCAGAAACGCUUGCUUGACAAUACGUUAAUAACCAUUUUUGCUGCUGCAUGGAAGAAUUAUUUUUGUCCACUGUGAAGGUGGCGGCUUUGUGCGCACAGAAACACUCUGCCUGCAAGCUCCCAAGAAAAAUACAAGUAAAAAAAAAAGCCGAAGUGGGACGAUGUUGGUCUCAAGAGGUCAGUCCCGGUACAAACAACGUUCUGGCAUGAAUAGUCAAGGUGUCAGAUGUCAUUACUGAAGGCAAGAUAUAGACACGAGGCCAGAGUGAAUGCCCGUAAAGUGAAUUUACAUACACGGUGCAACUGCUGACAUCUAUUAUGCUCUCAAAUAGAAAGGUAGUAGAAACCACAGGUAGGCAUUCUGUUUAUUGAAAAAAAAUGAACACAUUGAGUAAUGUGUGCACAGGAGUAGCCAAAGUAGCAGCUUCUUUCUCAUUUAAAAAUUCAGAUAAAGUUUUGCAGUUUCACUUACGUGCACAGAGAAAUUAUCAGCUGUUUAUUUCCCAGCUUCGUGUGCAUGAUUUUCCCAGUUCUCUGAAUCGAACUCGAAUUUUGCUGGGAAAAUAGACUGUGCAGCUGUCGAGGAUUAACAAAAUUUAAUCGUCUAGUGCUACAGUAGUGAACCAGGCACAGAAACAUUCAGCGUACAGUCAGCGUCAAAACUCUGCAGGGCGUGAUUUCUGCAAAACAUCUUUAUUUCCCAGCAGUUCAUGCCCACAGCCAGUGAGAGCGUACAACACUGUAUUGUUUGCAUACAUACCAGUACGGGCUACAAUUCCUAGUGCUAUGCUGUGGAAAGGUUCAGUUUUGUUUCAGAUUCCGCAACUUUUGAUGCCAACUGGACGCACACGCUUUAGCACAUUGGUAGACCGGAGCACCUGCGUCUUGCGAUAUUGAUGCAUACGAGGGAGUGUUAUGAAAUACAUCUUUGUUGCUGACUGUUUUUGCUCGUGCCGUGCAUUGGUGUAACAUUCCCGCCAACGCCUUGUCUGUUCUUUCCUGUUGUCACAUGUCCGUGCCAUAGGUACAAACUAUGUAGUAAGGUGAAGAGAAGGUUGUAAAGGAAUUGUUGCUGCUUUAACAGGGCACUGUUGAUGGGUGCCACAUACUUUUGAUUUAUGGUAAGGCCAGCCAGUCUGUUUGCCAAGCACAUGCUUAUCAGAGGCAUGUUUCAUGUGCUCAGCUUCUAUGUUGCUGUGUAUUCUUAGGGAUAAAGCUGCCAUGGCCAUUAGUCCCUCAGGUUUUAAGUGCUAAUCUAUUUGAGGCACCACCUGAACUUUCGGGAGUGAAGGGUGUUUUGUUUGAUGUUUAGCAUUGUGCUCAGAGAUUCCUGUGGUAAGGACCCACCUGAGAAAUGCGCCUCUAUAUCAGGACGUCCAAAUGAGCCUGCUGAAGCACAGCACCACUAAACCUUUUAAUGAAAAAAUCUGAAUUGCACUUAGAUGUGAAGUUACAAUGACCAAAGGUUUAGAGUUGUGAGGUCAGAAAGUUCAAAAUUAGUUUCAUGCCAUUUUGUACCCCAGCAUAAAACUUGUUACGAAUAACUGUAACAAGUGUCUAAACCAUAAAUAUUGCUUUUAUAUUUGCACAUUUUAUCACUGCAUGUCCUUUGACUUGCAAGGUGAACUUAUCUCACACAUUAUGAAUGUUAUCACAGCCGUUAUUGAAGAGAUGACAACUGCAAUUUGUGCACCUGUAUGAAUGCUACUGUGCAAGUUAGUCUGCAGCGUCCACUCUCAUUGGAAACGCUGCGUGUGUGGCAUUGUUUUCCAACUGAGAGAUAGUGACGUGCCAACAUGUCUUUGUCGGACAAUGACAUGUGACAUGACAGUACAGCUAUCUCUCAUUUAAGCAUCCCAUUCAGACACAAAGCUCAAAACCAGUAUCGCGACAAAAUCACAACAAGCAGCUGAAAGAGGCAAAGUUGAGUGACAGGGCUGCCUUCAGCUCCCAAGAUCAAAAGUGGUGCAUCAAUUGGAGAAGCAUUCGAGAAUAUGGGGGUAAUGAAAAACAAAAGCAUGCCUGCAAUUUACUGGCAAGUAGUGUGGAGUGUUAACUUUUUGCUUGAUUGCUUUUUGGAGCAUUCAUGCCACUCUCAACAAACUACAAACCAUGUGCUACCGCCGCUGCUCAUAAUGCUAAUGCUAAAUAAUGCUAAUGCAGCAUUAUUUCAGUCUGUUAGGAAUCUACAGCAUAGCAGCUGCUCACCUGUGCUUACCUAAUGGCAAACAGUUAAUGGGCUCACAGCUCACACUAAUAUAUUUGAGUAAACAACGUGCUGGACAUUGUUGGUAAGCAGUAGCAUUUCCAAGUCCUUCAUGUACUUGUGCGAGGAAUGACUUCAGAAAAAGAAUACUGCGGUAUACUCAGUGUCCCCCUUGCCAAAUCUACAACUAACAGCAAACAUUGCUAGUAUUUUAUGAAGCAUUGCAGGGCAUAUUAUUCAGGCAAAGGCGAAGAUGUUCUGGGAGCUUGGUUGAAUCAGCUUCUUGAAGCUUUUGUAUUACUUGUGAAACAUACGUAGCCUGGCUUAUAUUACAUGCCCUUCCCGAGGUACAUGGAUUUUAUAUGUGCCAGUAUAUUUGAACGCCCGGGAUUAGUACUGCCCUUCUAGGUAACUAGUGCUUACACAACCAAGAGCAGCGGCCUUUCUUUUUCUAUAUAUAGUACGCGGAACUCGGGCAACUAGGGUUGCACAUGUAGUUAGAGUAGCUUUAAGUUAAGUAUUAGCAACCAAGCAUCUCAGAGCACCUGAUUAGCAAUCUAAUCCAAGGGACCUGCUAGAUUCAUAGACGAGUUGGGCAUGAUUUCUCACUCACACAAAUCCAAACUCUUAAGGAGCAAUGUGAAGCAGCACAGGGAUUCAAACUAAAAAGAAGCCAGAGGAGGCAACAGGUAUCUGCAGGAAUGGCCAGAGAGAAAGGAUCUCUCGAAGUGUUAAAUUGGGUGACGAGGAAGAAU